AUCACAUUGUAUUCAUCAGAGGUUCAUUAUGGACGAUGCGGUUCGAUUAAGCGCCGAAGGAUUUCGUUCCAUCUACGAAAGUGGUUUCAAAACCUGGGCUCGGCUUCACGCCAACGUCGAGGGCCGAUCGGGACUUCCAGCUUCAUCAUUUGCUACUCAAGGCAUCUGUCAACACCAUCCCGCCUUGUCGCGCAAAAUAAGGCUGGAGGAUUACCAGUUAGGAGUUAUCACUACAGGGGAAUCUAUUUGGGGCUCUUGUGGAGCGAAAUGCACCUACGCGAUGCCGCUAUUUCGGCAAUCAGUAAGCAUCCAGGUCGGUGUGAAGGAGCCGGUCUCUUUGUCAAUAUCUAAGUCGACUGAGAGACAACAUACAUUAUUGUCAUGCUUCAUACGCAAUCAAGACUAUCUUGCCAUACUUGUUAUAGCUUGGGCAUACAUUCUUUCUGCCCGCUGGACAGAGAUUAUCCCUGGAAAUUGCUCUCUUACCUACACCGAAAGUCAAGCAACAACUCACCAAGACACGACUCAACGUCAAGAUGAAGGAAAUCUCGUCAGUGUGGAACUUGGUGACGUAAAUCCACAAGAAGCUCGACGGUGGGCUGCCUCGAUCCAGCUUCAGAAAAGUUUUGGCUUUCUGCUACUGCACCCACUGAAGUCUAUGUCUUCUAUAUGUUCAGCCGCUACAUUCUCAGGUGCCACCCAUUACCUCAACAGAUUUUGCGCUCGUCACAACGUUUUCGAUCAGAGUCAAGCUGCGUUAGCUUCUGUCCUUUUACUACCUUCUAUGGGCAGCAUGGGGUCGUUACGAUUGCCAGCUCCAAGUAGCAGUAUGGGUGUAUCACAAAUUACACCAGCAUCCUUAGGUGAAGACUCGAAUGACGAUUGCAUUCACAGGAGCCAUCAACUAGACAAACUUUUGACUUUGAGCUGCAAUAUGGGAGGCAUGCGUCCCCUCCUUCUCAGCGUUUUCUAUGAGCCAAAUAUUGAAUGCAAUGCCGUCACCCCCUGGCUUCAAGGAUCUCUGGCAGCAAUCAAGCAGGUGGCUGGCAAUAACUCGUAUGUAAUUGGGCGUUUGUGCAUGGAGCGCUCGCCGAAAGUGGCAUUUCUAUGGCUCGGUUGCAUCAUAUUAGACUUACAAGAUAAGCUCCUCCAGGAUGUUCAUUAUGGGCAAAUACUCGUUGAUCUUCACUCUGCUGCAUGGUCUGGAGUGGUCCAGUCGUUCAUUCAAGAACGGGUAUCCAACCCUCUUGUGACUAAUGGGACCAUCUCGCGUGCGGAUGAGUGCCGGCUUUUGUUCCUUUCCCAGUCCGAUCGUCACGUUCGACUCCCUGUGUGCAAAUGGAAACCGUUUGGUAGGACUGAGCUUGAUAAUGUCGAUAUAGAGGUUCGAGCCCAUCAACAAUGUGAUGAUCAUUGGCUUCAGUACGAAGGCAUCGAUUGGAAAUGCGAUGAUGGCAGUCUUGAUUUUCUAUCGUCGCAAAAUUCAGGCAGUCAACAGACAUUCGGUGAGACGUCGAUCCAGGAAACCAGAGAUGAAUGCGCUACAAGUAUAUCUUACAAGGAAAUGGUACGAGAUCAGGAGCAUAUCUCAGAGAAUGCAACACGCAACAUAUGUGGCUGGUUGCGCUCGGAUGUGUAUGCGCAGGGUGAACAGAAUAUAUGGAAACAUGAAUGGUUUGACAUAUCUGAUUCUGACGACGACGAUAUGACAGAGGACGAAACGAUAUCGGACGGCUCAGACCGGCUCUCGCCACGGGUAGAGUCGUGGUUAUUGAAUUCGAAUGCUUCCACGACUAUUUCCAGCGUAGAUGAGGGUGACCAAAUAUCACCACUUCAGGCCGAAGUCGAACAGCUCGAUAAGAGUGUCAAUGGCAUAGUUGUAGGCUCCUUGUCUGAACACAAUGUCGCAAACCUUGCACAGCUUCUGGAAGCCAAAGAGAGCUUCGUCAAUCCAUAGGCGUUUUCGCUGACGUGGACGAGGCGUAGCACGAGCGAUGCAACGCUGCAAAGGACGUUACUGCGAGUGAAAGCAGCUACGGCGUUUCCGUCCGAACCAUGGCGAACCACAUUUUGCGAGGCGGCAUUGUCUGAGCUGAUAUGCACGUCAGUUGGGUGGCCAAGUCAGCUAUAAGAACCAGAAAUUGAAGGGCGGCCUCAGUCAACUGAACUACGCAGCCUUUGGGUUCACAGAUUAGAUACUAAAAUACAUGACGAGGGAUCUUGGACUAUGACUUGCAGUGGUAUGCGAAUAUUUUGACUACGCUGCACAGGUGGUUAUUAAGAUGCCAGGCCCAGUUUUUCUAGGUCUCAAAUGCAAUAC